AGCGGCAGGCGGAGCUGUCAUGUGACGGUCACAUGACUGUGCGUUGGGUUGGCACUGUCGCUGAUUUGGGGUUCUUUUCCUGAUUCGGCCCCGGCAUGAGAGCCCACGGGCAGGGAAUAGCCGCACUUGUGGCGUUCUUGCUGCAAGUCAUUGCUAAGAGCACAGGGCAGCAGGGGAAUGUAGCACCGGUGGAGCUGUGCGGGCACACUUGGGAUGCCCUCGAUACUGAUAAGAAUGUUCUCUACAGAAUUAAUGUCUGUGGUAGCAUGCCUGCAGCAGAAUGUGGAGGACACGAAGCUGCAAUUUGUGCACAGGAUUUAACCAAAAAUACCUUAAGCCCAGUUGGUUUGUCUGGAAAUUCAUAUGUGCAGAUUAGUAAAAACCUUAUUUUGUUCAACACUACGCAACCAUGCUCUGAGUAUGAGCACAGAGUCCAAAGCAGCAUCAACUUAAUCUGCGGGAAAACAUUGGGUACUCCUGAAUUUGUUACCUCAACAGACUGUGUACAUUAUUUUGAGUGGAGAACAUUUACUGCUUGCAAGAAGGACAUUUUUAAACCCAUUAAAGAGGUUCCAUGUUACGUGUUUGAUAAUGACCAAAAGAAACAUGAUUUAAACCCCUUAAUUAAAAUAUCCGGCGGGUACCUGGUGGAUGAUUGGGAUCCUGAUACAGACCUGUUCAUUAAUGUUUGUCGGAAUAUAGGCACUUCUGAUAAAGAGACAACUGGCUGCCCUUCUGGAAGUGCUGCAUGCCUGCUUAAAGGUGGCAAAGGCUACAAUGUUGGUCUUCCGGCGGCUGCUCUUAAUUCUACUGCUAAUGAAAGGCUUGUAAUACGUUAUGAAACGGACACCAAAGCUGUUAUACCAGACUUUUGCAAUGGCCACAACCCUGCUGUCUCUAUAACAUUUAUUUGUCCUUCAACUAGGACUGAGGGAUCAAGCCCCAAACUUACAGCAAACACAAAUUGUCGAUAUGAAAUAGAAUGGGUUACAGAGUAUGCCUGCCACAGGGAUUAUUUGGAAAGUAACAGUUGUAUAUUGACAAGCAAACAACACGAUAUUUCUGUUGACUUGUCUCCUCUUAAGCAGUCAGACGGACAAUCCUAUCAUGCUGUAGAUACAAGUGGUGGAUACACUUAUUACCUGAAUGUUUGUGAUGCAGUCAAAGGAGGUCCAUGCACAGGAAAUUUCUCUUCCUGCCAGUCCAAACAAGGAGCUCAGAUAAAGGGAGCAGGUUCAUACCAGAAUCAAAUCCUCAGAUAUUCAGAUGGGGAUCUUACUUUGACUUAUCCAGGAGGGGAUAAAUGCAGUUCUGGAUUUGAAAGGAUGACUGUUAUUAACUUUGAAUGCAAUGAAACUGCAGUGAAUAAUGGCAAAGGGGUACCAGAGUACAAUGCAGAAACAGACUGUACGUACUUUUUCACUUGGGAAACAAAGUAUGCCUGCAUCAAGGAGAAAGAAGAGCUUCUCUGCCGGGUCACAGACAAUAGAAAACGAUAUGACUUGUCCAUCCUGACACGCAUUGCAGAAUCCAACACAGGCAUUGUUGGGAACUGGGAAGCUGUAGAUGCAAAUCCCACAGCUGCAGACAAGUCUCAUUUUUUCAUCAAUGUAUGUCAUAAAGUUCUGCAGCAGGGAGAGGCAGUGGGAUGUGAUGAAGAUGCAGCAAUAUGUGCAGUUGAUUCCAGCAAAACCAAGAAAAAUUUUGGUAAAUUUAUGUCUCCUCCAAAACAAGUUGGUGACAAUAUCCAGCUGAGCUAUUCUGAAGGAUCACCAUGCCAAGGUGGCAAACGCAUUCAGACCAAUAUCACAUUUGUGUGCAAGCCAGGAGAUCUGGAAAGUCCUCCGGUGCUGAAGAGCUCAGAUACAGAUGGCUGCUUGUAUGAGUUUGAGUGGCACACUGCUGGAGCCUGUGUAUUGUCCAAAGCUGAAGGUGAAAACUGCAAAGUUUUUGAUGCUCUGGCAGGGUAUUCCUAUGACCUCUCACCUCUGACCAAAAAAAGUGACAGCUACUAUGUAUCCUCUGAUGAUUAUGAUUUUGAGAUCAAUGUAUGUGGAAAUGUGACAGGAUCACAAUGUGGAGACAAUGCAGGAGCAUGUCAAGUAACAAAAAGCAAGAGUGACCACUGGAAUAUUGGUAUCAGUAACUCCAAGCUAUCUUACUAUGACGGAAUCAUCCAACUGCACUACACCAAUGGGACACCAUACCAGGAUGAAGGGAAAACUCCUCGCACCUCGCUUAUAACAUUCUUAUGUGACAGGCAAGCAGAUAUUGGCCAACCAGAAUACCAGAAAGAAGAUAAGCACACAUAUAAUUUUAAGUGGUACACAAAAUAUGCUUGUCCAGCUGCUCCUGUGGAAUGCGCUGUGGUGGAUACAAGGACAUCAGAACAAUAUGACUUAUCCAGAUUAACAAAGCCAGAAGAAGAGCAUGUAGUAAACUGGUAUGCAAUGGACAGAGCAACAGAUACACGUAAAAAAUACUACAUUAAUGUGUGCCGACCCCUGGUCCCUGUGCCAGGGUGUGAUCGCUUUGCUUCCGUGUGCCAAACUGAGUAUAACACAAAAUUUGGUUAUGAAGUUGCAACCAUUAACAAUUUGGGAGUUGCAAGUGAGCCACCCGUCAUAAUAGCCAGUGGCCAACUAAUACUUGAAUAUAUAAAUGGCUCUGAAUGUAUCAACAGCUCUGGUUCGAAGAUUGCCUAUACAACAAGAAUACAUCUAGCAUGUAAAAAGGGUGUUUUAUACAGCAGUCCAGUGUUUCUUUCAAGUGAAGAUUGUAUAUUAACCUUUUUGUGGGACACAGAAGCAGCUUGUCCUGUUACCACAGAAAAAGGAAAUGAGACUUGCUCUGUGAAAGAUCCAAACAGUGGCUUCACAUUCAAUCUACAGUCAUUAACAAAUGAGACAGGAUACAUUGCCUCUGGUAAUGGAAAAACAUUCAAGGUAAAUAUUUGUGGUUCAGUGAAAGAUUGUGGUUCUGUUGAUGAUACAGAGGCUGCAGGGUGUGAAUAUGAUGGGGGAACUGCACACAGUCCAGUUCUAGUAGACAAGUCUCUGCAGCUCUCGACUGAAGGUUACAUCACUCUUACAUACCGUGGAAAACCGGAGUCAGGACUUCAAGAUGCAUUUAUAAUCCAUUUUGUGUGCAACGAUGAUUUUUAUCCUGGUGAACUUUCAUUCCUUCGUGAGGAAAUAAACUCAGCGACAAAACUGCACGAUAUACAUUUUGAAUUUAAAACUGCCCUUGUCUGUUCACCCGCACCAGUGGAUUGCCAGGUUACAGAUGCUACUGGAAAUGAAUAUGAUCUAAGUGGCCUGAGCCGAGAUGGUGAACCGUGGGUGGCAGUUGACUCAAUAACCAAAGCAAACAAUAGAACCUUUUAUUUAAAUGUCUGUAAACCUCUUCCAUAUAUUAAAGGCUGCCCAGGUGGUGCAAUAGGAUCCUGCAUGAGCACAGCUGACAAUAAAUAUAUGAAUCUUGGCUUUGUCCAGAUAAGCCCUCAGGCUUCUGCAGAUGGAUAUCUUACUGUUGUCUACAUGCAUGGUGAUAUAUGCCAUGACAAAGAGCGUUUCUCUACAAGAAUCAUCUUUCAAUGUGAUCAUAAUAUAGGAUCACCUGUGUUCCAGCAGCAAGAUGGAUGUGAAUUUGUAUUUUUGUGGAGGACACCUGAAGCCUGUCCUGUAGUAAGAGCGCAAGGCGACAACUGUCAAGUAAGGGAUCCGAAGUAUGGUUAUCUGUACAACCUUAAGCCACUAGGAGAGAAGGACACUGUAAUAAAAGAUAAUGACUAUGUGUACACCUUCAGGGUCUGUGACAAAAUCUCUUCACCUGUGUGUUCCAGUGCACAAAAUGUUUCUUCAUGUCAAGUUAAGGGCACAACUUCCAAGGUUGCUGGUUUGGCCAACCAAAAGCUCAUUUUUGAAAAUGGAUUGAUUAUGAUAAACUACACAGAUGGGGAACGUUGUCAUAAUAUAUACGAACGGUCUACUGUCAUUCUUUUUGUAUGUGACCGCAGCGAACAACAGCCGUACUUUCUGAGGGAAACCGCUGAGUGCUCAUAUAUGUUUCGAUGGCCUACACCACUUGCGUGCCCACCUUUCAAACUUAUUGACUGCUCAUACAAAGACACAAAUGGAAAUUCCUAUGAUCUGUCACCACUGUCACUCCACAGUGAAAACUGGGAGGCCACUGUUCCUGGGACUACACAAAAGUACCAGCUGAAUGUGUGCAAAUCUUUAGUACACGAGAAAGGACCUGCUUCCUGUCAGGAGGGUGUCGCUGCUUGCUUAAGGGAAGGAACCAAGGCCAUUAAUCUUGGUCAACUUGCUAGUAGCCCAAGAUGGGAAAAUGGAAUCUCUAUCCUUGAGUAUAAAAAUGGUGAUACAUGCCCAGAUGGUAUUAGGAAUAAAACAACAACAAUACGAUUCAAGUGUGAUAAAACCCAAAUACACAGCAGACCUCAGUUUAUUUCAGCCUUGCAGGACUGUGAUUAUCAGUUUAUUUGGAGGACUGCCACAGCCUGCCCCCUUGAUAUCUCUGUGCAAGACCAUUGCAUGGUUACAGAUCCUGCAACAGGUCACCUUUUUAAUUUGUCCUUGUUAACCAAGGCUGAUGGUUACAGUGUUGAAGAUGGCAGGAGGUCAGUUAAGUUAAAUAUCUGCAGUGAAGUAAAGAGUGGAUGUGCUUCAGGAUCUGGGGUGUGCAUCUCAGAAGGUGGCAAGAUUUUUAGUGCUGGCAGGGCACAGACUCAGCUCACUUAUAUGGAUCAGGUUGUGCGUCUUGUUUAUGAGGACGGUGAUCCAUGCACUAUAAACGGUCGUAAGCACAGAAGUGUUUUUAGCUUUGUAUGUGGGAUGGGCUCUGACACAGCUAGCAAUCCGACUCUAGUGUCAUAUGAUGGACCAACAUGCACAUGGGACUUUGCUUGGCACACCCCAGUCAUCUGUGAAGAGAAGCCAAAAUGCUUUGUGAACAAUGGCACAUCCCUUAUUGAUCUGACUCCUUUGAUCAAGAACACUGGCAAUUAUAAAGCGGUGGAUGGCACCACUUCCGGUAACAUAGUUGAUUUUUACAUCAACAUCUGCGAGCCAUUAAACCCAGAGGUGGAUGUAAAGUGCCCUCCAGGAGCAGCAGUGUGUCUGGACCCUUUACACGGAAGCCCAUUUGAUAUUGGGCGUGCCCGUAGUCCUCCCCAGAUAAACCCAGCAAUUGACAAGGUUAUGCUCAUGAUGGAGAGUCCUACUCAGUGCGCAACUGACAAACAGCAAAACUACUCCUCAGUUAUCAUCUUUCAUUGUGCCAGGGGGACUGAUCUGGGAACACCACAGCUGGUGGAGGUGACACAGUGCAAAUAUAUAUUUGAAUGGGGCACAUCAGUAGUCUGUCCAGAUGAAGAGGAAAUUGCUGAUUGCACCUUGACUGAUACACAGCUUCAAUAUACAUUUAAUUUGUCUAGUCUCUCCAGGGGCUCAUUCAAGACCCCUGAUCCUAAGACCUAUUAUGUAGGAGUGUGUGCAGCAGCAAAUGUACCAAGUGGUAAAUGCAAUGGAGCUGUGUGCCUUGUGUCUGGAAGCAGUGUAGUUUCUUUUGGCAGUGCCAAGGAAAUGAAAAUGAAUUAUCUCCAUCAAGAGGAGACGCUGGUAGUCCAGUAUGGUGGUGGAGAUUUAUGCCCAGAUAAAUCACAAGGAGAAUCCACCAUUUUAUUCAAAUGUGAUGAGCAAGCGGGAAUAGGGAAUCCGGUGUUAUUUAGUGAAACUAGAGGCUGUUCUGCUACCUUUGAAUGGAAAACAAAACUCGUGUGUCUGCCAAGAAAGUUGGAUUGCAAAUUAGUUUAUCAUCAUAAGACCUAUGACCUUAGAAUGCUCUCCUCAAUGACAGGAUCCUGGAAUUUUGUUCAUGAAGGCAGCUCUUACUACAUAAACCUUUGCCAGAGUGUGCACCAGGGGCCCCCAGGAUGCUCAGACAGCACUAGUGUUUGCAUUAAAAGCUCCAGUGGAAAUGUUCAGAACUUGGGUCAAGUUCAUACACAGACUGUUACUGUGAAAGAGAAUGCUGUUUAUGUGAAGUAUUCUAACGGGGAUACCUGUGGAAACAACAAAAAGUUCUCUACCACCAUAGAGCUGAGAUGUUUUACUACAGUUGGUACUCCAACACUCAAUAGAUACGAUGCAAAACUCUGUGAAUAUCAUUUUAUAUGGAACACUCGAGCGGCUUGUGGAAGUAUUCCAAAACCUGCGGAAAUGAAAAAUGGCAUAUUAAGCCUUGAUGAUGGUGUUAAUGUCAAUUUAACUGAUAUUUAUUUCAAAUCAUAUAAUGCUACUGGUGACAUCCGAUCGAAUGGCAAGGACAGCUAUGUCUAUGAGAUACAGUUAUCUGGAAAAGCAGAUUCCCGCUACCAGGAAUGUAAAGAUGCCAGCGUAUGUCAAAUAAAACUAAAUGGGGAUUUCAAAAGACCAGUUGGUUCUGUUAGGAAUGUCAAGUAUUACAUUAAUGAUGAUGAUUUGGAUGCUGUGUUCACUUCUGACUCUCAGUGUGGCAAAGAUAAGUCAAAAAAUGCUACAGCCACCAUCUUGUUCUACUGCAGUCAGAUUGUCGGGGAGGGAAGGCCAGAAUUCUUCCACGAAACGACCGAUUGUCAAUACUUGUUUACUUGGUAUACUUCCGCCGUCUGCCCCUUGGUGCCUAAUGGCAAUCCAGGCAGUGAGCCGAACUACCAGGGCCUGUCUGGCCGGAGCCAAGCUGUGGGUGCCAUUCUCAGCAUACUACUGGUUGUUCUUGUUAUAUGCCUGCUGGUGCUCUUGCUGUACAAGAAAGAAAGAAGAGAAAGUGUGAUGUUCAAGAUAACCAAUUGCUGUAGAAGAAAUUCUCCCGUGUCCUACAAAUAUACCAAGAUCAGCACUGAAGAAGAAGCAGAUGACAAUGAGACUGAAUGGCUAAUGGAAGAGGUGUCCACAGGCAAUAAUGCAAAACAACGUCAAGAGAAUGGUCACAUUAAGUCUGUAAAGCCCGGGACCUUCACCUCACUUCCUGUGGACGACCUGGACAGUGAGGAUGAAGUCUUAACCAUACCAGAAGUCAGAAUUCAGUCUGCCAGGAACAAAGAGAUGAAUGCAAGUCAGGCACAAAGAGGCUACAGUUCUGCCAUUGACGAGAAGUUGAUGGGAGCACAGAAUGGAGCACGAGGAAAUCAGGGCAAGGCCAAGCCUGGUCACCAUAAAAAAGAAGAUAAGCUGAAUGUCCUUUCAUUCCAUGAUGACAGUGAUGAAGACAUGCUGAAUGUGUAGCACCGGUGUGUACGCUCACUCCCAUUUACUCUUUGUGCCUAAGAAAAUAUUGUUGGGACAGACAAAGCUACUGCAACCAAAUAUGAAUAACUUGACCUAAUGCGCUGUUCCCUCACAUUUUUCUCCUUGGGGGGAAAUUUAGGAAAACAAACUAAAAUAAAAAGUGCAAGGAAAGAGAAGAAGGGAAGUGGCCUUUUUGCAGUUUACAGUGAUGAUAAUGUACAGAUUUAGUGCGCAGUGGGUUUGCGGGGAAGUUCAGUGCAUUUGGAAUCGUAGCCUCCUGGGAUUCCUGUGCCAUCUAUGGGAGCUGAUCAUCUUCUUGCUUUGUACGUUGCACUUUGUAAUCAAUGAAAUUCAAAGAAACUUCAAUGACUUGAUCCUCUGGCAGCGGUGAGAGAAAAGAGACUACUGGCAUCUUCACUAUUUAUUCGCUUGAACUACAUCUCAGGUUGGCUGAAUAAACAGCACCAAGUUCUUCCUGCCGGCAGGGUAAAACAAUAAUAAUCGAAAUACUGAUGGAGCAGAGAAACGCACUCCCCUUUGGUCAGAACUAUUAGGAACCUGGCCUCUUCGCUUCCUUUAUUAAUUCCUUUUCUUUAAAUCCCAGAGCAUUAUAUGAAGGACUGUCAUGAAUGUCAUGUUUUCUGUAGUAAUAUAUCAUAGGUAUGGUACCUGCUGCUGUCUGUGCACGACAUAAACUUGUAUUGCUCUGUAUGUGUUUGGGGUGUAGAGAUCACUUGAUCUACAUUUAAUUAGUACAUCAGAACCCAGCUUAAAUCUAAAGAAACCGAUUGAAGUCCUCAUGUGAUUUCAUCCUAAAUCUCAGUUAUGCUCUGCUGAGUGCAGCUCUGGUAAAUGCCAUAAUAUUAAAUCCAAGUCCUAUAAAGAGGCCUUACAGUGUGCAUCCAGCAGUAUUCCUAGGCAGUGUGCAAGGUCAGCGGGAAAUCAUUCCGUUCAUUACUUGCCAUUGUGUGCCAACUAUCCACAAAACUGGCACAGGCCAAUUUGGGUGCUUCCAUUUCCUUCUUGCUGAACAGUAAUGUAACCAAGCUAACACCGUGUGACACUGUAUUCUGGGUGUGAAGUGGUCAAAAUACAGUAUUGGCACAUGAAAUAUUCCCUUUAUAAGUUUAGAUAUUACCUAGUGAUGGGCAAGUAAAGCCUGAAGUACAGUAAGCUUUGCAGAUUGGUGUAGGAAAUGUGGUUGAUGUGCCACAUUUAAUAGCUUCUGUAUCUCUGUCCUUUAGGGGUUUACUUGCCCUUUAAAGACUGAGUGCAUUUUGUAUAAAACUUUACAUUGCAUUUCCACAAGAUGAAGGAAUCCAUUUUCUUUUGCACUUUUGGCAACAGACGUUUUCCGUAGCUUGCUAGGUUGUUAGUAAAAGCCUCCCCAGCCAAAAGGGGGCAGUAUAUAACAUGUUGGUUAUAUUGGGGAAAAGCCAGCGCUUAUGUGUGUAGUGUCCCUUUACCCUAGGACUAUUUGUAUUUUACCCCAUUUCAAUAAAACAAAAAUGUGUUUGUUUAUGAACCCCAGCCAGAUAUAACACUCCUAUAUUAUCUUUGGUUGCGAGCAGCAUUCCCAGCAUCCUCAGCCAGUUUGCAUUUAUGCUUACCUAGAUGGUUGUUGUAGUUCACAGCGGCUGAGUAGCGGUGGCUUUGACUGUUCUGUUAUUAAUGCAGUAUAUACAGGACUAUCAAAUUAUAAGUCUUCUCCCACUAUUGAUAUUUUUAAAAUCUGCAGCUGAAAUACAGUGAUUUUUACAGUUUUAUUAACUUUUUUUAAAAGAAAACAUGCAGGCAAUAUGCCCAACUAACCCCCGGUGGGGGGGGGAAUGUCUCUGUUCUAGGCAUCCUUUACUGCAUAUUUGUUUGCAUAUGCACUGAAGCUUCCAUACUGCUUUUGUCAGUGGGGGGUAAUCUCCAUAGUCAAAAGGUGGCCAUACACUUUGACGUGGACUCUUUUGGUGAGGUCUCCAAAUGAGUGGAUCUCUCCCCAGUCCAGCCACCCACACGCUGGGCCAGUGUGGUCUGAUCCUAGUUGAUGACCUCCACACACCAAUUUGUUCCUCGACCAGUCAAGUUUUUAAUCUGCCCAAUGGAUUUAUUGCUAUCUUUUGGGAGUCCUUAGGUUGCCACCCCAGUCUGGAUAGGCAGGGUAAGCCGCUUAGAUUGCCCAGUCUAUGGCCAGCUAAAAACUGAACAGUAGUAUGUGGUGGCUACAGUUUUGGUGUAGUACAUAGAGAGGGUAUAUCAGCCCUUUGUGUCCUCAGAUGUAGCCAUAGCGUCACUCAAUUAUUUUUUCUGCCUUCCCAACCCACAAAUAAUACAGUCUCACCAAUGCCAAUCAGUAGAGCCUGGGACAGGUAGAACCAUACAGCUAGUAACAGUGCUGGGUGCUGUUCUAAGACACCAGGAUCCAAGAUGGGGGUACACCUUGUAUAACAAACAUUUGGAAGUAUAACCCACAAUACAUUUCCUGUAUGACCUAUCCCAAUAUACAUUUGCUCCUCUACUUGGGAAAUCCCAAUUCACAUGCCACAGACAAUCCUGCCAAAUGAGGCUUCGUUUUUGAACCAAAUUGUUUUCCUUUUUACUUCUGUGCCAAUGUUGAGAGCAGAGUGAAUAGAGUAGCACACUGAGGGUACUCAUGCCAUCCCUGUUAGCCAUUUGAAUCCCUUUUAAGGAGCAGAAACAGGUGCAGAUGGGGGGAAAUGUAAGCAACAUUUGCACUAGCAUAAUCUCCCUUGUUACUUUGCAUUCACACUGCUUUAUACAUUGCCCUGUCUAUAAGACAUUUGGUACAGUUCAUGUGGAGGUACAGUGACCAGAUCUUCCCUUUAAUGCUUGGCCCCAUUAAAAAAACAAAACAUUCAUUCUGCAGGGUUCCAUGGUAGCCAAACAUCCCUUCUCUCUGCAUUUUUAGUAUGUGGCCUCUUAAAGGGGUGGCCUGGUAAAGGUUAUUUGUGGUAUGUUUUUCCCUGUGAAGUUAAUUUAAAGGUGAUGCUGAGUGAGCCUCAGCUCAGGUACUUCCCAUAUGAUUUGUAUAUUUUUGCUGAUUCUUUUGGUUUAUUGGUAAAAGAAGCUUUUUUUUUUAAUUUGUGAUCCUCUUGUAAUAUAAAAGUAUUGAACAAAUAAAAAAUAUAAGUUAUAA